AUGUCUCUCAGGCAACUAUGCAAAGAAACUAGUAAACGGCCGUCAAAAGUGUUAUUGUAUUUUCCACAAGAAAGGACUACUGGUAUCGCCCCUUCAAGGUUGAUUUUGGGUAAAAGCUUAGAAUACAAAGAAGGGAGCAUGGUGACAGUCAACUGGGAGGGCAAGAAGAUACAAGCAGAGAUUAUAGCUAUGGGUGGUAAGUCUUACAACCUUUCCUUUUGAUAAUUCUUCGCUGUUCAGUCAUUUUUUUCAUGGGCUCUUCACACAUCUGCACUUAUUACUGCGCGAACUUACCCUCAUUGUGUCCUUGGUUACAGAUAACGAAGAGAUUCUCAAUCAAAAAGACACUGAGUGGUCAUCCAAGUUCAUUUCUGGAACUGAACCCGAUCCAAUUUCCAAUCAGUCCAAACUACCAGUCGAAAAACAGGAAGAAAGCCAGCAGCCACGGAAAACUCAAGUCAAUUCAAGUAUUCAUAAGGUUGGUCGUGUUGAUUUGGAAAGAAAAAUUCCACUUGUUAACGACACCAUGUAAUUGUCCAUUAAGUAAUAGAGAACUUGGGCUGAAUCAAAUCGAAUUAUAUUUCACGCAUAGAAUUGAUUUGAGCUGUGUAGGGAGUUAUAGUCGUUUCAUCAACGUUCAGCUCGCAGACUACAUUACACGUAUUUUGAACUGUUACGUAAACUUAAUGUGGUACGUAAUAAAACUUGAGUGCGAGACGGUUACAUUCUCAUCAGAAGAUUCAGAACGUAACAAGUGCAUGCUGAAAUUUGUACUGAAUUGAAAUUUAACAUUAUACCGGUUACGUUUGUGAGGCAUUCAUGACAGUUGAAAUUACUCCUUCCGAGGUUGAUAGUAGUCCGAGUCAAUUGUAUGAAUCUGAGUCGUCAUAAAACGCCUACGAUAUUUUGUUUUUCGGGGGUCUUACAUUUGGUAUUUCGUUGUGUUUAUGAAGAUGCUUUUAUUCCUAGGAAAGAUCAGUGACUUGUGGGGAUCCAUAUAGUGCGUUUCUGGCUGAGCAGAAAAAGAGAGAGGUUGAAUGGGCUACUAAUCGAGCCAACAAGAAAGCGAAAUGCACGGCGACCACAGAAAAAGAUUUGGAGGCCGUAAACCAGCAGUUAGCCGCCAAGGAGGCUGAAUGUAAAACCCUGAAGGGACAACUCGACAACAUUCAGCUUGCCAAUGUCUCUGUUGUGGAAGCUGUGCAUAACAAAGUACAGGAAAGCGUCUGCAAGGUAAGCACAUUGAUCAAUGUUAAUCUGAAUUUUCAAAACUGGAUGAAGAAACAUUACAAGAAUACCAUUGUCUCAUUUUCUACUUUAAAGAUGUCAAUAUAACUAAGGUUAUGAUUGCGAAUUGCAUGUAAGUGUUAUUUUGAUAGGUUCUUCCAAUUUCCCUUAUCACACCAAAAUUUUAGAAUUAUUUUUAACUGGUGGCGAGUAAGCAGGCUUAAGUGUUAGUAUCUUAUAAGUACCUAUGGAACUAACACAAAUUACAUUUCUACAGAUGAUGGAGACAUUACAGGACACACUGUCUGCAAUAGAGGAUAACAUGUCCCUUAGACUAAACAAGAUUUAG